CAAAUCGUUAGGCGAAUUCGGCAGGAUGUUUGGCGAAUGCAAAGACGCAAAGUUAUUCCUAAAUUUCCAUCAGGUUGCCUACCAAACACCCAUGAUCAAUCCGAAGUCAACAGUGACCGACCUUCUUCGCCUUCUGAGUCAGCGAUGGCGUCGUGCUCUCAGGUAAUUAGUCGAAUGCGUCAGAUGGCAAUUCGAUCUCCGAAAUCAGAGUCAGCCCUCUCUUCGGAUACAGAUGAGGCGUCAGAUGGUUCUUACAGUCCGCGUCUCCUCGAUAUUCCCGACUCCCCACAGCGCGCCCAGUCACCCCCCUCCUCCCCCUCACCGAAACCGUUAUGUCAAGAUGAUGUGCCGCUUUUCACCAUCCGCCAAGUCACCGCGCUUUGUCACAAUCUCAUUCGGGAAAGAGAGGAGAAGCUGCGCGAGGAAUAUGACACUAUUUUAAGUGGAAAACUAGCAGAACAGUACACAGCUUUGUUGAAAUUCAAUCAGGAGCAACUGAGUAGGCGAUUUAAGGACGCCCCCAUGAGUUACGUGUCCUAA